GAGAGCAGAGAGUGUGUGUGGAGCGGUUGUGUUGGACGGGAUAUAUUUCUCUGAACUGAGAGGUGCUGUUAAUGUGAACUGGACCUGCAUUUGCACAGGACCGCUGAUAUGGAGCCCAGACAACAGGAGCUGUACUCUAGCGUACUGACUCCUGAAGCAAUAGUAGACUGGGAAGACAGAGAAACUUUCCAUUCAGGUUUAUUGGAUAAAGAGCCUCUAAAGGAAGUGGACGAGGACAUGGUGUCAGAGGUGGACCUCAACAACACUAUCACAGAAGAGGAGCGAGAGGAAAUGGAGAAUGAACUGACUAAGUUAGAAGAAGAAAUCACUACUUUGAAACAAGUCCUGGCCUCCAAAGAAAAGCGUCAGUUGGAGCUGAAACAGAAACUAGGGAUCACACCCCUGAGUGAACUGCGACAAAACUUCAGCAAGAGCUGGUACGACAUGCAGACCAGCACCGCAUACAAAAAGACAUCUGAGACCCUGAGUACAGCUGGACAGAGGACUUCAGCAGCCUUUAGUAACCUGGGCACUGCCAUCAGCAGGAAGUUCGGUGAUAUGAGGUCUUAUUCUCUUGGCUAUUCUAUACGGCAUUCAAUGAGCAUGCCUACAAUGAGGAACUCACCUAGUUUCAAAUCCUUUGAGGAAAAAGUUGAAAGCACAGUUUCAAACAUUAAGUCAAAGGUGGGAGGAACAGGAGGUGCGGGCAGUUUUGAAGAGGUCCUGUCUUCAGCAGCCCAAGCCAGCGCCCAGGACACCCCUACUAAUAAUGUGACCGAGAACAGUGAGCGCUAAGGGGUUUAUUGGUCUACCAGUGGAACUCUGAUGACCCCUAGUGGUUUGGAGACCACAGUGAAAAUUGCACCAGGGGCCCAAAACACGGUAAUACAUGCCUUUCAGAUGCGUGUUGGUGGAUUAUUCGUGCAAAAUAUUUCUUGUCUUUCGCACGGAAGGAAAACAACCAAGUGGAGCAUGUCUAUUCUUUAAGUUUUUUUCAAAAUAUGUAUAUUUUUCGAGGAGACUGUCUUUUGUGUAGUCCUGCAUUACCUUAUUAUUAUUUAUACUAACUCAGCGUUGUUUAAUUGUAACAAAGCAUGAUUUCCAGGACCAAAAAUAAGGGUGCAUAUACAAUCCUAAAAGAAGUACUUGACAGAAUGUUUAACAAAAUGGAUGUUAAGACUUUGUUUUCCUGUCAUACAUGUGUUCAUGCUCCUAUUCCUGCUGAUAACAGAUGCAAACAGCAAAAUAAAUGAGGAUUUACAUUUUACUGCAAUUUAUUAGUUUGCCUGAUGUAAACUGUAAUGUAUUGGUAAUAAUAACUGUCACUGACCAAAAAUGUAUAGCAUUAUUAUAUCCUGUUUUUCUGUACUUCAUACAA